UCACCAAUUAUAUUAUUAAUAAUCUAUCUCUCUUCCCUGUAGAUUUUGUCUCAAGUCUCAACCAUGGUUGUCCACUUGAUCUCUCUUCUCACACCAAUCCUAGCACUAAUCAUAAUCCUGUCUCUUCCCUCUCUCAUCAACACUUCCCAAUUGGAUUACGACACUCUAGUUUUCAAACAAUGCGACUCAUUGGACGCCAACAUCCUUCAAAAAACAGCAACAAAAUAUUCAGAUUACUCGAAUAAGAAUCUCCUUCUCCGUGCACAAGCCCUUUCUUCUUUCUUACGCAAACUCGAAUCCGAAUCCUCUCGAUCUAAGUUCUACAAGACUCUAGUUGGUAACGAAGAGCACGCCGUCUCUGGAUGGUUCCAGUGCAGAGAAGAUUAUCCGAGUGAGAUAUGCCAUAGGUGUGUUAAUGUUCUUCGUGACAUUUCUUCUAGACUGUGUGGAAAUGCUACUUCAGCUCGUGUUCAUCUCCGAGGAUGUCACUUGAUAUACGAAUUUGAACGUGUUGAGACCCCUAGUGCUCAAGGAGCUAGGAAUCAUCACAACAACCACAAGUUAUUCGAAACCCCCAAACACGGUCUUCUCCACAAGAUAUGUGAUGGAGCAACGGCGGAGACGUUUGUCGGAUUCGAAGAGUUGAAGAGAGAGGCACUCGCUGCAGCUGAAACAGGAGUAGUUGACGGGCACGGGUUCUUUGAGGAUAGUUUCAAACUCCUCCACGUUGUGGCUCAAUGUGAUGGCCACGUUGAAGCUUGCGAUUGCGGUGAGUGCGUCAGUGCCGCGGCUGCUGCAGCGGCAGAAGAGUGUCAGUGGUCCAUCGCGGGUCAGAUAUACUUAGAAGGGUGCUACGUCGGGUAUACAUACCACCCGCAUGAUGUUCCCGAUAAUUCAUACCACGAAGAAGAAGGUUCAAAAGUAAACACGGGGAAGUCGUUGGCUAUAGUUGUAGGAGGAGUAGCGGCAUUGGUCCUUGUUGCUAUCUUUUUUAUGUUCUUAAAGAGCUUGCGUAAAAAAGGAGAUGAUUGUUGAAGAGAGGGUUUACAUCAUAGAGAUGUGUAAGGGUUUAGUUAAUUUUGGACAGCUCCACACAAGUAUUAAUUACAUCUAGUGAUUCUGAUACGAGAUACAAAAUCAUCAUUGACCAAAUCAGACAACUUGUUUUCCUUUUGCUUGACGUAUUCAUCAGUCUUGUAUUUUAGUCUAAACCACACCAAUCGAUGGGUGACUAAACCAUACACCCCUACAAAUCAAAGUUUAGUCUCUAUUUUAUA